AUGUCUAAACAUUUUAUUGAAUUUAAAAAUAGGACCGGGUUAGGUCAAUAUAUGACAUUCUGUGUUUAUCAACAGAUGGACGAAUCCGAAUACAAGGACAGUGUAGCUUGGCUCAUGAGUUCUAUACCAGGUGGUUCAACGUCUAGUGUUUCUUGGAAGCUUGAUAAAUAUUUGGUCGCUUUAGCUGAAUACCAACAAAAAGGACAAAUUGGCACUUAUUAUACCAAACAAACUGCCCAGGCAGAACUUGGAUCAGCUUGGCAAAUUAUUGAUUAUCAUGAAACACAAACACUUGUUCCUUUAAAUGAAGUUAAAGUUGAACCCGACACAAUAAAAAUAACUAAUAAUUCAACCACUUCAGCGGAUUGUGGAAUAGGAAUGUGGGGAAGUACAACGGCAUUCGAAAGAAAUUUACAACGAAAUUUUACAGCAGCAUUUAAAAUUGAACCACAAUAUUGGGUUGGAGUUUUUAAUACAGAAAUACAUAAAGGUCAAGUAGUUGAAGAUAGUAAUGCAUUAGCUUUAAAAUAUAUUUCGUUUCCACCAGAAAAAAAUUUAGCAAUUGUUACUGCUGUAGCAGAAAAUGAAAAAAUAAUUCUUACGAUAAAUUAUGAAGAAAGAUCAUCGAAUGCAUUUUUUAGAUUCAUUCAGGAACUUUGUGCGAAACUUUUUGAGAUUAUGUUUAUUGUACCGAUUUCAUUUGUUAAAAGAUGUUUAAAGUCCGUUGUUAAUUUUAUUCAAAAAAGCAAGAAAAAGCAGUAA